UAAUAUUUUAUGAAUCCGAUUCACAUUUUGCAUUAAAUAUAGUAGUAACCUUUUGCAUUUAAAACGUUUCCCCUGCUAACAAUUUUAUGUACAAAUAGCAGCAGCACUGGUCAAAACAAGUGUAUCCAAUAUCCAUCCAUCAUCAACAUAUUCAAAUUCAUGGCAAUUUACGUGAAACCCCGGUCGAAUAAUAUCUUUCUUCUGCCGAUAAUAUUAUUCGUUUUAUUUUGUUUGAUUUGUUCGAGUAGUGAAUCAGAAGCAAUCACUAACAAUGUUGGCAUAACUGCUGAUUUGAUCCAUGGAGAUUCUCCUCUUUCCCCUUUCUACGACCCAUCAUUGACCCGAUUCCAGCGUGUCACAAACGCACUCCGUCACUCUCUCGCUCGUCGUCGUUCAAUUAGGUCAAAUAAUUCAAAAUCGUCACCACCGGAGGUGUCUCUCACCCCCGUGUCGGGGUUUUACCUAAUGAAAAUGCAAGUCGGUGAUCCACCGAUAGAACUAAUGGGAAUUGCUGACACGGGCAGCGAUUUGAUGUGGACGCAGUGCGCCCCUUGCUCCCGUUGCUACAAGCAAAAAACCCCGAUUUUCGACCCCAAAAAGAGCAAAACAUACGACACCGUUUCGUGCAAAUCCCAAGAAUGCCAAUCGUUGAGAUUUGAGCAUCCAUCUUGCGAAAAUACAACAAAUGGCUGUCGCUACGAAUUAUAUUAUGCCAGCAGGGCAUACACCUCCGGAGACCUAGCGACGGAAACAUUCAUUUUUGAUCAAAAUUUGGCAUUUUCAAAGAUCGUGUUUGGCUGUGGUCAUAAAAACUAUGGGGGAAGUCUCGGAACGUCCUCUGGGAUAGUCGGCCUUGGUGGGGGCCCGGUGUCGAUAAUCAGACAGUUAAAGAAAUAUUAUUCAAUAGACGCCAAAAUCUCGUAUUGUUUGCCGCAUCCUAAUUCCAAUGUGUCGAGCAAGAUAAAUUUCGGGAGCAAUGCAGUGGUCACGGGGCCUAAAGUAAUGUCAACACCCUUAGUGAAGAAAGAGCAUGAUACAUUCCACUACGUUACUUUCGAGGGAAUUAGUGUUGGGAAUAACAAGUUGGCGUUCAAAUCGAAAGAAUCGAGAAAAACGGUGGAGGAAGGGAAUAUGUUUAUCGAUACAGGCAGCACGUAUACGUAUUUGACGACUGAUUUCUAUUUCAAAUUCCUAUUUGCAUUGGAUAAAGCUCUAAAUGGUACUCCUACGGCUAAUCCAGAAGGAGGCUUCCAAGUAUGCUACGAAAAACCCGCAAACGGAAAAUUCAAUUCUCCGACAAUAACGGCACAUUUUAGAGGGGGCGUUGACUUGGUCUUGUCGCCGGACGCCACCUUCGUGGAGGUGAAUAAAGGGGUGGUGUGUUUGGCUAUGUUGCCUGAUUUUUCAAAUGACUUAGUUUUAGGAAAUUCACAGAUGAUUAAUUAUCUGAUUGGAAUUGAUCUUGAGAAUCAAAAGGUUGAUUUCUUGCCAACUAAUGAUUGCACCAACCCCAAUUAGUUACUCAAAGUAAUGUCAUAUUUUACAAGAUGUGUAAUCUUGAAUAUUUUCAUCAUCUAUUUUAUGUUAUAAUCUAAUCAUCAAAUUAUAGUUCUAUAUAGAUUCCUAUUUCUAUUAUUUUUUAUAAAAAAUAUUAAAGCUCUUUGAUCUACCAUUCAUUACGAUUUGUAAAAUUAACAAAACAAUUCUCGAUUUGAUUUACUAUUUACAACGUUGGUUAAUUGGCACUUUGCACCCUUGAAUUACAUGGCAUUGGCACUAUGCACCCUUAAAUUGAGAAAAUGGUAGAAUACACCUUUGAAUUGCAAUUUAUUUGGCACUUUGCACCCUCAUUCACCUUUUGACUAUAAUAUUAACCGGUUACCUGUUUGUGGAAUUUGAAGAGGGAUAUAUUUGUAUUUCUUUUAUUUAUUUAUUUUAUAAGAAAUUUAAAAAUCUUUCAUGAUCUGAUAACAUCGCUCAUCAUUUGAAGAGAGAUUCAAUCAACGAACAACCAAUCUAAGCGUAGAUCAGUUUAACGGGCACACCACGGAUCUUCUUAAACGUAACCUCGCGUUAUCAAUUGGAAUAGGACAUGUGUAAAAUUACGAUCAUAUUAUUAGAUGAUGAACCAUUUUUUAAUUUCU